AUGUUCCUGGGCCAGCAGUCGGUGCUGGCGAGAAACCACGCAGAGAAUAUCUCCAGAGUCCUCUACCCAAUCGAUCGCAACUACGAAGGCAAACAGCUAAGACUGCGGCAAGAAUACUUCCUGGUCUGUGCUGCCAUCAAAGACAUUCUUCGCCGUUUCCGAGCCACAGCAGCCCAGCGGGACGUUUUUGAAUUACCUUUGAAGGCAGCCAUCCACAUUAAUGAUACCCAUCCAGCGUUGGCUAUUCCGGAACUCAUGCGGAUUCUAGUGGAUGAAGAACAAUUGCUGUGGAGAGACGCAUGGGAAUUAUGCUGCCAAACGUUCACACACACAAAUCAUGUGGCCCAGAAGGAAGCACUUAAACAUUGGUCAAUUGACAUCAUUCGCAAAACCUUACCACGUCAUAUGGAAAUUAUUGAGGAAAUCAACCGAGAUUUUCAACAAGUUAGUUGUAAAUGCUUCUAUGAAAACUACCAGUGUGGCUAUGGUCCUCCCGUUAAUCUCUGCGACGUUACCGCUAUUGUUCACUCUGUGUAUCCCAUACUUUCGAGUCACUCUAGCGUUGACAUUGGUUGA